CUCCCUCAGCUCCUCUACCGAACGCACCCAUGGAAUCCAAACUAAAAGCGUUGAAGGUCGUUGACCUCAAGGAAAUCCUCUCCCAAGCCCAGGUCGCCUUCCCAACAAACAUCAAGAAAUCCGACUUGAUUACAAAAAUCCUUGACAGUCCUGCUGCCCUUGACGCCUAUUCCGCAAAGUAUGCCUCUGACACUACGCCGGCCUCGAAAACACCAGUCACGCCGCAAGAUGACCUGCUUGCUCCUCCAGAAUCGAUUGACUGGAACGCCGAGGAGCUUUCAGAGACUUCAGCCCCUCAGGGAACCGCCCCAAGCGCAGAGCCUCAAGCACCUCCUCAACCGUCUACAUCAGCUACGAACACUUCAUCUACCAGUAAACAAGAACCUACUAUUGCCUCCGCGUCUAGCACUUCGCCCAUAUCAAAUAACACUGGCAUCGACGAAGAACUUGAGAAACGCAGAAGUCGUGCUGCUCGAUUCGGAAUACCACUUGUAGAAACCCCAACCUCCAAGACUGUCCCACCCGCUGGGAAGAAGGUCUCCGCAUCGGCUCGCCAGCCUCGUAGUGAGAAGUCUUCUAAGCCAGUGGCUCCAGCACCCCCUCAGGAUACGGAAAAGCUAAAGGCUCGCGCGGAACGCUUUGGAAUUCAGACUAAGGAGCCGUCUUCAAACAAGAGCAACAAAAGGGUCGCACCUGCUGAGGAGGUUGAUGCGGAAGAAUUAGCGCGCCGAAAGAAGAGAGCAGAAAGGUUUGGGACAGGGAAUAAGGUCCAAGCUUGAUUCUACUUCGCAUCAGCUUCCAUGGGAUAGCUGUGCAUGUUCUGCCUCUAUACUGCUCUCGUGUUCCGUUUGUCUGGGACGCUCAAGUUUCUUGCAUGCAUGUGGACAAUUCGUAUCCUACCUAUUCUUGACGUACAUGCUGUCUUCUGAUCAUAUCGAGAAAAAACUACCUCUCAGGGUAUAGAAGAUAUAAAUGAGUGGUUCAC